AUGGCCUCCUACUACUACGGAGAUCAGUAUACUCCAUCGCCAACGCCGUCGCCAAUGCACAACCCGAGAUUCUCGGGCAUCCCCCCUCAGCGACCGCAGACCGCGGCUCACUCUCACCACCGAAAUGUCAGCAGUAGUGUCUAUGCUUCGCCCAGGUACAAUAGCAAAGGCGAAUAUGGCACCCAAGCCGACGCUGGCCCCAGCCCUAGAGUGAGUUCGCGAAAGCACAGUUUCUCAAAGCCAAAGCAUUCGCAUCAUCAAACACCAAAGCGCGAGCGCCGCAGCUCUUACUCAUACUAUCGGACCUCGUAUGGGGAUUCCGACGAGGACGAGAUUGUAGAGGUUGAUGGCGUCACGUAUGUGUUGCCGGCGCAGUCGAGGGGUCGUAGAUAUCACGAGUACUAUAAUAAUGCUGCUGCGGGAUAUGGCACUGAUUACCAUUACUACAAGCAGGGUUAUCAAGGUCAAUACUAUGAUGUUCACGGACAUGUCUACUACGAUGAACCCAUUCAGCGCUCGGCCACGCGCGUCUCACAUUCCCGCCGCGCCUCUGGAACUGUUCCCCUUCAGCGACCCCAGACUGUCAAGCCUGAGCGAGCUCGCCAAAGCCAGACGCACCCGCCAAAGCCACGGGCGGCCACACGCCAGGAUGCCGAGAAGCACGGAAUUCCACUCGGGUACUCCUUGAAGCACUGGGAUCCAACGGAGGAACCAAUCAUGCUGCUCGGCAGCGUUUUUGAUUCCAAUUCUCUCGGCAAAUGGAUUUACGACUGGACUGUUUGCUGCCACUCAGCCGGAUCCCCACUUGCGAACGUUGCUGGUGAUCUUUGGCUUAGUCUCAUUCAGCUCUCUGGCAAGAUCAAGCGAGCCGAGGAAGCUAUCAAGAAAGUCCGCCGGACCGCAAACAAGGAACUUCUGGAUGACUUCAUUGUAUCGGGCGAACGUCUCCAGGACAAGCUUCGCGCAAUCCUCAAAAGGUGCGAGGCGCCCAUGUUGGAGGCCGGUGAUAGAGACGGCGGCAGCCUAGGAAAAGGAUCUGGCAGCCAAUUCGUGGAGACGCUCUUCACCGUGGGCCGGGAAUUUGAGAAGGUUGAACGCUUCAUGACACAGACCAGAUUAUGGAACCUGCGCUUUGAUGCUAACUGCACCGAAAUUCUGAAAUAUCCCACACAAUAG